UCUGUCUAGGACGCUGGACGAGGAAGCUUACAUUAUGGGCUGAGGUCGUAAAUAGGCCCAUGUUUCCAACGGCUUCAUAGCAAAAAUAAACAGAAUAAACGGAACCACCAAUAGCAGAUGGAAGCUAGCAGCGCGUGUGAGAAAUGGGUUGGUUUGGUCAGUGUAGUAAGAGCAGAUACCUCGUAAAAAAUGACGCUGCUGUAAAAAUACGAGACUGGGCAGUGGGGACUACGUGCCAAGGGCUUUUGCUGCACACUGCACUCAUUUAUUUCUCCCAACUCAUUCCUUCCCGCCGAGUCACUCCCAUUUUCAAAUCUCAUAAAGAAACCCUAGUUUGAACCUCUCCAUGCAACACUCUCUCGCUCUCGCUCUCUAAUCUAAUCGAAUGAUUUCUUAGGUUGGAGUCAAUUGAUGGGUAGUGAGUAUAUCGAAAGCAACAUUUCCACUGAUGUUUCUACGGAACAAGAAGCUCAAUGCGAUGUACUUACUCAAUCUAUCAGUGAGAGAGUUGCUCAAAAAGUUCAAAAGCUAAGGUCCGAAGCAUUUCUUCUGGAAAAGAGAAUUAGCCCAAGACUUAAAAACAUACCCAAAGACAAAAGACCAUUUUAUGGUAGUGUCACGAGGAAGAGGUCACAUACUUCAGAAGCUGUCACUGCAACAGAUAACAUUUCCCCACAUGCUCCAGAGAUAGGGUCAGAGAGAUCUCUUUUGAACCGGAGGCUUAGUCCUAGAUUUAGAGGUAUACCUGUCAACAAAAGGCCAUAUUAUGGCAGUGUCCAGAGGCGGAAAUCGUAUGCUUCUAAAGAUCUUUUACAUGACAGAAGAAUUGAAGAUGAUGAUUGGAAGAGAAAAUCGAGUUCUCUUAAUGAAAACGCGGAUAUGGAAAAAAAUAAAGCUGACAUUUAUGUAAGAGAGCAAUUUUUGCAAAAAGUUCCUAAAAUGAGGUUAGAUGUAUCUCCUCUGCAGCAAACAGUUGGUCAAAGAAGUGAAAGUAUAAUAUUAGGUAAAAGGCUAGACUACAGUAAUGAAAAUGGGCUGGUGGAUGCUACUAUACAUGACCAUCGUGACGGAAAAACUGAAGACAAAAAACUGUAUUAUGGCAGUAAUCACAAUAUAAAGUUGAAUUCCUCUAAAGAUCACGUCUGUAGCAACAAUGAUCAAAGGAUGCAAUUACAUUCUCCUAAAAAUAACUCUGUAAAGAAAAAAGCUAUCUUUGAUUGGGUGAUAGAGAAAUGUAUAAUAAAUGUUGCUAGGAAGGACAUAUGCGAUCCAGACACCCCAAGCUGGGUGACGUCUAAAUCUGCAGAUAAAUAUGAAAAUGCUGAAAUAAUGCAUUUAGAGAAUGGUGAGGAUUUGAAAUCAAUGGGUUAUAAGAAAUUUGUGGCUGAUCAUAUGUGUCAGAGUGCUGGUGCAAGAGUGAAACAAAAGGAUUAUUUUGGACGUACAAGAGCAUCGUCUAGAAUUCGGGGCUAUGUGUGUGAGGACAUAUCUAAUGGCAAAGAAGAUAUACCUAUACCAGUUACCAAUUUGAUUGAUCCUCCUCUUGCACCUACAGACUUUACAUAUAUUAAAUCUAUUCAAGUUGCCAGCAAUGUAAUUGUUCCCUCAAGUCCUUCUGGAUGCAAUUGCAAAGGAAGCUGUACAAAUCCAAAGACUUGCUGCUGCGCUAGACUCAAUGGUUCCGACUUUCCAUAUGUGUGCGAAGAAGAUGGUGGCAGAUUGAUUGAACCCAAGGAUGUGGUAUUUGAAUGUGGUCCAGGAUGUGGUUGUGGACCAAAUUGCAUCAACCGUGUUUCUCAAAGGGGAAUAAAAUACCGGCUUGAGGAAGCGUUUCUUUUUAAACAGGUAUAUCGUACACGCAACAAAGGAUGGGCCGUUAGAUCUCGGGAUUUAAUUCCUUCAGGUGCUUUUGUGUGUGAAUACAUAGGAGUUCUUAUGCGGUCUGCAGACUUGGAAAAUGUCUCCGAGAAUGACUACAUUUUUGAGAUUGAUUGCUGGCAUACGAUGCAUGGAAUAGAGGGACGAGAGAGGCGACAAGGCGAUGUAUCCAAACAUGGGCAUUAUCUUGUAAAUAAAGCACAAAAUGAGACAGAAUUUUGCAUAGAUGGAGGUUCUUAUAGUAAUGUCACCAGAUUUAUUAAUCACAGCUGUGACCCUAAUCUAUUUGUCCAGUGUGUUUUGAGCUCCUGCCAUGAUAUUAGGUUUGCCCGUAUCGUGCUGUUUGCUGCAGAUGACAUACCUCCUUUGCAGGAACUCGCAUAUGACUAUGGUUAUGCACUCGAUAGUGUUAUUGGUUCUGAUGGGAAGAUAAAGAAGUCACCAUGCUACUGUGGUACAAGUGAGUGUAGGGGACGCUUAUACUAGUCAGUAGUCAGCCAAAGGUUUCUACCUAUUCAUUGUUGUUGUUGUUUUCGGCGGUUUAUGAUGUUAGACGUAGGUUUUAUAUAAGCUAGUUGCUGUUGGGCUGCGUCCCUCGGAAGAGUGAACUAUAACUGCACCUGUUUUAUCAAUGUGCUGCUACAUUUUUAUUCUGAGUCAUUGAUUAUGCAGAUGCAGUAAUUUCAGCUUUCUAUAAUAAUCUGCUCGGUGAGUCCAAUUUUCCUCUUUA